AUGAAAACUAAUUAUGGUAACCCAUCCGAAAACUCCUAUGAAUCUCAAAUCAUCUGUAAUAUCAAUCCUAAAUAAGAACCUACAUUGAUGCCCUCACAUUUGUUUACCAACACUUAGAUACAGAAAUAACCUUUAGUAUAGGUCCCUUUGGUUCCUUUAAGAUAAGGCCAUAAAUCACAGACCACAAUUGAACCCCCAUAAUCCAAGUCCAAAGUUCAAGACUCAACUUAAUUGAAUAGGUAUGAUAGGGAUCUAUGAACAUAGAGAUGCUUCUACCCUUAUAGCUAAACUUGAUUCAUUAAGAGAAAUUUAAACCUAAGAGAGUCUCCCCAGGCAUCAUUAAUCAACAUACGUUUAAUCAAAAUCUAAGGUACUCUUAGAAUUCAAGAACACAACUCCCAAAACUGUAUAAUUGUAACAAAAUGUAUUUGCAAGUUAUGUUGAACCUUUUCGUUAAUCCAAAAGUAUUUCAAAUCCAAGUGCCUCACAAAAUGAAGGAUGGAUCGAGACUCUGCCUCCACAAAAAAAUUAUGAAGCACUUAUAGAAACUCUGAUGAAGGAACAAGACUCUGUUGUUAAAUAGUAUUGCGAGAGAAUAUCAACUUUAGAUAAGAAAGUAACUAGGCUUUCCUAAGAAAACACUAAUCUUAUAGAGCAAAAUAAAUUGCUUUUGGACUAGAAUUUUGAGUUAAAUGAAGAGAUCUCAUAAUGGAAAAAUUACUUAAAUUAAUCUCUUGAAUAUUAAAAAGCCAAUUCUUAAUCUUAAAAUGAUAAUCACAUCAUAGAACAAUAAUUUGAUUACAAUAAUAGUCUUCUAAAACAAGAAAACAUCAAGAAAUUAUAACAAUAAAUCAAUUCCAUUUUAGAAUAAAAAAAUACAGAAAUUAAUGGAUACAUUUCCUAAAUUAGUGAUCAAACUUAACUUAUUUAAGAGUUGAAUUAACAGAUUAACUAAUAUUUGAGAAAUGAAUCAUCAUUAUAAACAAUGUUAGGAGAUUUAUAAAAUAAAAUCAAAUCAUAAGAAAAAUAAAUAGAAAAAUCAACAGCUAAUAAUUAUUAAGCUAAUGUUCAAGAUUAAUAUGAAUAUAAGCAAUUGGUGUUAUAAUUAGAAAGUAAAUGUGGAACCAUUACAGAAAAAGAAACUUAAAUAUAUGAAUUAAAAAAUAAGAAUUCCAGGCUUUAAUAGUAGCUAUUACAAUUCUCUGCUUAUUAAUAGAAUAACAGAGAUUAUGAAAAUAGUCUUGAAUAAAAGCAAAAAGAAAUCAUUAAAUUGUAAUAAGAAUUACAGAGAAAGAAUCAAGAAUUCAUUACCUUUUAGCAACAGUUAUCUGUGUAAUUAAAAAUUAAAAAUGAAGAAUCUGAGAAAAUUAUUAAUAAUUUAGAACAAGCGCUACUUAAUAACAAUGAGGAACUUUAGAAAGUUACAUUAGAAUUAAAGACAGUCAAAAAAGAAAAAGCCAAAUUGUCAAUGAAUUUGAUGACAGCUGGUAUGGCUAAUUUAGUUAUGACAUCUCAAGGUUCCAUUUAAGGUGAAAUUUAUACUUGA